AUGUGCGGUUUUGGUUUCAUGGCUUACGGUUUUGAUUGCUGCCAUCGCUCAAUUGAUUUUUCACUAAUGCCAUCGAUUGGCAAACCAACAACAAAAAAGCCGCCAAAAAAAAAAAGUGAAAUGCAAAGUAUAAAACUUAAACGCCAAAAUAAACAAUUUGUCAUGCGUGCCAAUAAAACAGACCUGACAGACAGAGAAAAGCGUCAGAGAGAGAGAGAUAGAGAAAAAGGGGCAGACAGAGAAGCCAAAUGCUUAUGUUUGACAUGA